AUGACCCCAAGAGGCUGCCGGCGCUUCUGCCUAGUAGCGCUGGCAGGAAUUAGCUUCCCUGCCCUGCUGCUCUUCGUUUUACAGACCGCUUUAGUUCUGUGCGAGGUGAAGGAGUCGGAGGCCUCCACGCAUGCGCUGCAAGUGCUCCACGAGCCCGUCUCGAAGAGCGUCCCAACGAACGAUGAGAAGGCAGCUUCUUCUGAGGCGCCAACGGAAGCUGGCAACCACCCUGCACACCCUUGGGAAGCUACCUGUGGAUCCUACAAGUCCAUUACUUUGCAAUAUCCUCAGCUUAAGGCCCGUGCGACUUAUGACCUCAUGCUUCCCGUGGACGACGCGCCCUUUAACGGCUGGGUUUGCAAGGCCUCCGAACCCCUUUUCGGCAUAGACGAGUAUCCUCCGUUAUUUAAGAACCUUUUUUCGAUCCUUCUUGGCGAUGACGACAGCACGCCGGAGGAACAAAAGACGCCCCGUCCACUGCACAAGCACAAGGAAAAGCAUGUCUUCUUUGCCUUCAACCCCUGCAGACUGCUGCCUCACACGUGCUUAGGGUCUCGUGGGCGGCUGUUCAAGUUCGCAGCAAAACUGGAAAAGCCCUACGACCCUGAAGAGGAGAUCAAUCACUUGCUCUCCCUCUUUCUUAAGCUCCCCGAUAAGCCCUCGGAGGCUCCCGGUGGAACCCCAGAAGGGCCACCUGCGAAAGAGGUGCUCGAUUCAACGGAGUGUUUACAGAAUGUGUUACCCACCAACACCACGCUGCUGUACGCCCACCACGGGGCAUCGCUGCAGCAGCACCCCAACAGCAAUAGCCUGGGGGGCCUGUGGUCAGAUCCCGAUAUUUCGGAUGAUCCGACACCCUGGGAACCCCUAGAUCCCGAAGAUCCUUACCAGGGGCUUCAAGCAAACUUCCGCCAUAUUCACAUCUUCUGCCCCGAUUCUUUCUUGCACACGCACGUUGUGCUCAAGUGCCCCCGCCCUCCAGCGUUGGACAGCACCAAGUUCACGAACUGCGAGCACGUAGACCCCUGCCACUUCAAAAUGGAGCUCACAACAGAAGCAGCCUGCCCUGCCGUCGUAGAUUACACGGGAAAACUCUUACCUCAGACACAGAGCACCAGCGAGCAUUCGAGCUCAGCUUCUUCCAGCAAGGAAAACCCACAUGUGGGAGCAGCAGCAGGAGCUGGGGCGUUUUCGUCGUCUUCUGGUGGCGGAACUUCCCCCGCAUUGUACCAGCAGACGCACAACAGCAACGGGGACUCCGCUAAGGGCCAAGAGGCCCGGUGGCCACUCUCCCUGUCGUUCGUCUUGGUGCUGUGCAUUCGCAUAGCGCUGUGUGCGUUGAUCUUCGCAUGGAUCAUCUACGCGAUAAGGGACUGGACGCAGACAAAAAUGGAGUAUUCCUGCCUCCCAGAAGAAGGGCAAUCGGACAUGGCCGGCGCUUCUGGCACGCUAAACUCCUAUGACAGCUGCGUUAAAGCCUUAGCCGAGGUCACCCGCGUGGGGGGGGACGCGGCGGAAGGCAGCGGCAGGGCCUUGGAACUCGCCACUAAAUACACAGGUCUGCCAGCGCCUUUCUCCGGAGAUGUAUCAGGGGGAGCUGUGGCCUCAGGGCCCCCAAGAAAAGUCCUUAGGGGCCUCUACUCCUCCCCGGGGAGGCGGUUCGUCAGCGUUUGGCUGCCGCACACACUAGACGCGGCGGCGUGCCGCGCGCAUGCUAUUUCUAUGGGUGUUCAGAACUUCUGCAGAAGUGUGUUUCACGGAUACUCUGGACGGAGAGGGGCAGCGGGGGAGUUCUCAAGCAGCCACUUCACCCACGACGGCGUCCAGUGGGACUGGACCGAUUCGAUCGACUGCCAAGACCUUAGCCCAGGCGUGCACGACGCCGCAGAGGCAACGCAAGCUACUGGACAGACACCCGCACUCAGUGGCUAUGAAACCAUCUCAUAA